AUGGCGCGACGGUACGAGGUCGAAGAGCUCCUCUGGCUACGGUCAUCGCCGCUCGUCGCCAAACCUCCUGGUCUGCCGCCAAUUGAGGAAUGGAUGCCACAACCAGAUACCACUACUCAGACUAAGCAGCGGACGCCUCGUGAGACAAACAGCUCAGGCGAGGCGACUACAAAUCGCAGGCCCAGCUUCUUCGAAGCUCGACACAUGGCUCGCGGGUCCAACUCGGAAGAUAUCAUCCUUGGCCCUCCGAAAACUGCGUUUGCGUCAUCACGAAUUGGCGGCAUCGGCAAAGGAUCAUUCGACUUGGCUGACCGUCCAGCACGCACCGGCGACACAGAUGACAAGAGCGAGCGAUUCAAUUUUCGCGAUAAGUUUGUGAAAGACAAGGACGGGUCUGAGCGAGACCAGGACCGCCGCGAUGGCAAGUCUGCUGCCCUUGGAGGACGACGCGGGGAAAGAGAGGACUGGAAUGCUAGCCGCCCUCGUCGUGGUCUCGUGCCUGAGGAGCAAGAUCGCAAGCCCCGCCGCAACGGGGAAUUUGACCGUUGGGAGAACAGGGAGAAUGUCCGCGAUCUCCCCAACGAACGAGGAGUCCGAGACCGAGACGGCCGUCCUGUGGUCAAGAAAGAUGGGCAACCCACCAAGGCCAAGCUAGAGGGGAGCUGGUUCCGGGACGAAGCCGCUCACGAUGCUGGUGAUGUCGAAGAAGAUAAACAGCAGCAUCGCGCUCGAGAGUGGCGCCGUGACCGACACGGCGCUGAUCGCGACUGGACCCGUGGGGCGAAGCUGGAGCAGGAGCCUGAGUGGCUCGAUAGCAAUGAACGUGACGAGCCACGACGUGCUCACACCCAGGAAGACUUCGAGCGCUGGAAGGAACGAAUGAAGGCUGGAUCUGGUGCUGGUCAGCAGGUCCCAUCCCAGGAAGAGAAAAAGGAGCUCUCGGCGGAGUCGCCUGUUGCCGCUCAUCGGCCAGAGUCUCGCCCAACUGAUGGAGAGAUCUUCAGCCAGCCCAGUGCCCAUCUUCCAACAGAUGCGUCUAUGGAGCGAUUCUUCGGCAUGCUUGGGGAACCGAAGCCCCACGUACCAGACGUUGCAUCGCCAGCCCCGCUGGAACAAACUCCCAAGAAAGAACCUCUCCCCGCAAAUGCCACUAUGAAGUCUGGAAAAUCAUCUCGUUUCGCUGGCCUCUUUAGUCCUCCUCCAGAGAGUCCCUCAAAGGAGUCUGUUCCACAAGGGCCCUCUUUAGCAAAUUUGUUUGAAGCCGGCAGUCCAGCAAAUGCCCAAGACGCAGAUCAGGAGGGAUUCCAACGGAUCCUGAAGAUGCUGGGAGGGGGAAACAAUCGAUCCAGCAACGGCACUCCUCACGAGGAUGAAUUGCGCCAGCCGUCUCGUCAGCCUUCAAUGACACAUCCCGAGCCGCAAUUCCGGCCACCCACGAAUGUCUCCUCCCCACGAGAUCCUCUUCCGCAGCCUGAAUACAUGAGCCCUCUUGAAAUGCCUCAAAGCCAGGCUCUUGGGAAAGAACCUCAGGCUCGCGAGCGAGAGCAUUUGCUGCGCCUCAUGCAGCAAGUCCGUGUCGGACCUCCCUCGGGUCACCCAUCCCAACACUCAUCACCAAGCUCUAGCGUGGCUCCUCCUCCGGGAUUGAUUCCUGAAAUGAUGUCCCGACCUCCUCCUGGGCUGGGUGCUCAAAAGGGACCUCAUUUCCUUGACGACCCCCCCAUUGCCAACAUGCAUCGACCUGACAAUGAGCAACUGCGUCGGCGGGUGCCCAAUGGACCAACCCCAAUGGGCUACUUUGAUGAGGCGCCUUUUGUUCACCAGGCUGGUCAGGGAUCAAUCACACCUGGUGGCACACGACUUCCCCAAGGCUUGAGUCAGCCUCUAUUGCCGCUCCAGCGGCCACCGGGCCUGGAACACAUGCCGCCCCCUGGCUGGACUGGUCGCCAUGUCCCUCAAGGUAACGGACCGAGUCCAAUGGGUGCUCCCCCGGGCAUCCCUGCGCCUAACCGCGGUUUCCCACCGGGCAUGGUACCGAUGCCUCCUCUUCGUGGGCCACCACCGGGCAUGAUGCCACCCCCCGGAUACAUGGGCGGCCCUCCGCCUCCGGGGUUCCCAAACUUGCCUCCUAAUCCCGAUGUGAUGAUGGGUGCCGCCCCUGGAGGACAGGGCCCCUUUGGUCCAGGACCGCAAGGCCCGCCUCCCUCAUCUCGGCACCUGCUGGAAAUGUUUGGUCAGCCUAAUGGAGGUGAUGGGCGGGGAGGAAUGAUGGGCCCUGAGCCUUUCAGAUAA